GAGCGCCCCGUUCCCAUCCCAUUGAUCCCAAUCCCAUUGAUCCCAAUCCCAUUGAUCCCAUCCCAUUGAUCCCAAUCCCAUUGAUCCCAAUCCCAUUGAUCCCAUUGAUCCCAUUGAUCCCAUUGAUCCCAUUGAUCCCGCAGUUACCUGGGCCGGAAGCGGCUGCACCCGGAGCGUUUGGAGCGUCCCGUUCCCAUCCCAUUGAUCCCAUUGAUCCCAUUGAUCCCAUUGAUCCCAUUGAUCCCAUUGAUCCCAUCCCAUUGAUCCCAUUGAUCCCAUUGAUCCCAUUGAUCCCAUUGAUCCCGCAGUUACCUGGGUCGGAAGCGGCUGCACCCGGAGCGUUUGGAGCGCCCCGUUCCCGGGGUGCGGCACCUGGUGGAGGCGGGAUAUUCCUACUGGACUUUGGGAUACGCCCUCUCCCUGAGCGGGGCCGGGAAGCUGCUCCGGGCGGAGCCGCUGGGAAAGAUGAUCCCGGUGGACGAAUUCCUGCCCGUCAUGUUCGACCGGCACCCGCUUCCCGACUAUUCCCGGCACUUUUCCCGCCGGGAUCUGGUGGCGUUUUCGGCGGAGCCGCUGCUGCUCUUCCCGACCCACUACACGGGGGACGCCGGCUACGUCAGCGACACCGAGAGCCCCCAGACCCCCCUGCUCUGGGAAUCCCGGGAAUCCCGGAAUUCCGACCUGCACUUCCCGGACAGCCCCGCCCACGAGGAGCUCUGAGAGUCCUCCCGGAAAUCCUGGAAUUCCAAGCGACACCGAGACAUCCCCGAGCUCUGGGAUGAGCUCCUCUGACCUGGGG